GUGUGUGUGUGUGUGUGUGUGUGUAUGAGCAAUCUCAUCAAAGGACAUUCGCUGCAGAGCUGUUCCAGUCCGGAAUCAUCAACUCUGACGACUGGCUUGUUAUCUGUUUGCAAGAAACCCUGCGGCUCAGCUCGUACGCACAGAGGCCUCCUGUUGCACAGGGAAACGCGGUGCAUCCCUCCACCACCGCCAUCACCCCCCGACGCAACCCGUGGAGUUGUUGACAACUUCCCCGACGAACGCGCAUAAUCGUACGCGGUGUCUUCCGAACGCCGAUAUUUGAUGCGUUAAAGGCACAGACUUCGACAACGGGAUCUGUUUUUUUUUGGACAAAAUCGAAGCGAGAUAACUUUUCUUUUAGGAAAAAAGAGUGUUGACCCUACAGCUACAGGGUAGACUUUUGCGAUAGCCUACCCUGUUCUCCAUACACACACAUAUCGCGCGAGAACGAUUGUCUUCAGGAUACCUUAUACAGUGUGCUCUACAUCCACCGUCCGCUGUCGAAAAGCUUGGGCCGGGAGGAGGAGCGUGUGCACCUGAGUGCAUGGGGGUGUAGACCUAAAGAUGGCUCCUGGCGGAGGAGGCAACAUCAAGGUGGUGGUGAGGGUACGACCGUUCAACAGCAGAGAAAUCGCCCGCUCAGCAAAAUGUAUCGUUCAAAUGCAGGGGAACCAAACGGUUCUCACACCACCACCCGGAGCCGAGGAAAAAGGUCGCAAGGGCGGCAAGGGCGGCGGCACGAUCGACGGACCCAAAGCCUUCGCGUUCGAUAAGUCGUAUUGGUCGUUCGACCGGGAUGCUAAGAAUUACGCCGGUCAAGAUAAUCUAUUCAGCGAUCUCGGUGCGCCGUUGUUGGAUAAUGCAUUUCAAGGCUAUAAUAACUGCAUUUUCGCCUAUGGGCAGACGGGCUCGGGAAAAUCGUAUUCGAUGAUGGGAUAUGGAGAGGAAUACGGUGUGAUCCCAAGGAUCUGUAAGGAUAUGUUUCAGCGGAUUGCGACGAUGCAGACGGACAAGAAUCUCUCGUGUACGGUCGAGGUAUCGUACUUGGAAAUUUACAAUGAGAGAGUGAGGGAUUUACUGAAUCCCGCGACGAAGGGGAAUUUAAAAGUCCGAGAGCACCCGUCGACAGGCCCGUAUGUGGAGGAUUUGGCGAAGUUGGUGGUCAGGUCGUUUCAGGAGAUUGAAAAUUUGAUGGAUGAGGGGAAUAAAGCGAGAACGGUGGCGGCGACGAAUAUGAACGAGACAUCAAGUCGAUCGCAUGCCGUGUUUACGCUAACGUUAACGCAGAAGAGACACGAUACAGAGACAACUAUGGAUACGGAGAAAGUAUCACGGAUCAGCCUCGUCGACUUGGCUGGCUCAGAGAGAGCUACUUCUACCGGAGCGACUGGAGCACGACUCAAAGAAGGUGCUGAAAUUAAUCGAUCGUUGUCUACGCUAGGCCGUGUCAUUGCCGCUUUGGCGGAUCUGUCUUCGGGGAAGAAGAGAAACGCUUCGAUGGUUCCGUACCGUGAUUCUGUGUUAACGUGGUUACUUAAGGAUUCUCUCGGUGGCAAUUCCAUGACGGCUAUGAUAGCAGCCAUUUCUCCUGCGGAUAUCAACUACGAAGAGACAUUAAGCACUUUGCGAUACGCAGACUCUGCCAAGCGUAUUAAGAACCAUGCCGUUGUCAACGAAGAUCCGAACGCCCGCAUGAUCAGAGAAUUAAAAGAAGAACUUGCGCAACUCAGGAGUAAACUUGGAGGCGGGGCGGCAGCGGGCGGCUCUGGUGGUGGGAUUGCUGAAGAGACUUAUCCACCAGGUACGCCGUUGGAGCAGCAGAUGGUGACUAUCCAGCAACCAGACGGUACCGUACAGAAGGUCAGCAAAGCUGAUAUCGUUGAACAAUUGAACCAAAGUGAGAAACUUUACAAGGAUCUUAACCAAACAUGGGAGGAGAAAUUGGCAAAGACGGAAGAAAUUCACAAGGAACGAGAAGCUGCUCUGGAGGAACUUGGUAUCAGCAUCGAAAAGGGUUUUAUAGGCUUAUCCACGCCCAAGAAAAUGCCCCACCUGGUUAAUCUCAGUGAUGACCCGCUUCUGGCCGAGUGCUUGGUUUAUAAUAUCAAGCCCGGGACUACUACCGUUGGAAAUGCGGACACCGCAACAAACUGUGAAAUUCGUUUGAACGGGUCGAAGAUUCUUCAUAAUCAUUGCAAGUUUGAAAAUGUGGACAACGUCGUCACUAUUGUGCCCACUGAAGGUGCCGCUGUAAUGGUCAACGGGCUGCGAAUUGAUAAACCCCAACGACUACGAAGCGGCUUUCGCAUAAUCCUGGGCGAUUUCCAUAUAUUCCGAUUUAACCAUCCACAAGAAGCUCGUGCUGAACGAGUCGAACAAAGCCUGCUGCGUCACUCGGUGACCACCAGCCAACUUAGCUCCCCUAUUGUGCCUCGGACUCACGAUAGAUCAAUGAGCAAGAGUGGCUCAGACGUUGAUGGAGAUUCCGUUAGGGCCGAGUCACCCAUGCCGUCACAGCGAGGGAGGGAUUCGGACUGGUUGCUCGCUAGACGGGAAGCAGCCAGCGCGAUACUAGGUGGCGAUCAAAAAAUCUCACAUCUUACGGACGACGAGUUGGAUGCUCUAUUUGAUGACGUCCAAAAAGCACGCGCUGUGAGAAGGGGCAAAACGGAAAAUAAAUUCUUGGAAAAUGAGGAAGAUUCAGACUCCGUCAGCUCCUGUCCUGUGCGGGAUAAAUAUAUGUCUAACGGGACGAUUGAUAAUUUUUCCUUGGAUACGGCGAUAACUAUGCCGGGAACUCCUCAUCACACCGAGGAUGAGGAUAAGGAACUUAGAGAGCCUGCGCUGCAGAUGGUCCGGGACAAUAUGCAACAUCAGUUAGAUAAGCAGAAGGCGGAAUACCAGGAGAAGCUCAGAGCCGCUGAAUCAUCACAGCAGGAUGUCGAGGAAUUACGCGCUGAAAAAGCUCGGAUGGAAGAAGCGCUUCUCACGGCAAAGGAAGAAUUCCAACAGCAAUUACAAAAGCAAAAAGAAGCAUUUGAGUCUCAUAUCAAAGAUUUGGGCCAUGCACCUCUCAAAUCGUAUGAGAAUGGCUUCCCGAUUCUCGAACCUAGUGAAAUAGAGAUUGCUAGAGCAGUCUUCCACCACUGGCGGCGACGUAAUUACGUCCGUAUGGCUGAAUCUGUCCUUCAACACGCGUCAUUACUCAAGGAAGCGCAGGUGAUGAGCCAUAUAAUGGAGAAGAAUAUCUCGUUCCAAUUUGCCAUCAUUGACGUUGGCCAAAGUAUGGGAUCCUCGUAUGAUCUCGUCCUUAAUGGUAUAUCGUGUGACGAUGAUAUAGCUCUUGACGAUGCGAAGAAGCCAUGCAUUGGUGUUCGAGUGAUUGAUUUCAAAAAUAAUGUCAUCUAUCUGUGGUCUCUUGAUAAAUUACAACGCAGGGUACAGAUGAUGAGACAGAUGCAUCAAUAUAUCGACCGACCUGAUUACAUCCAGCAUUUUAAGCUGGAAAACCCAUUUUCAGAAACCUGUCCACCAAAGUAUUCUCUUGUCGGGGAUGCUGACAUCCCGUUAACUGCGGUAUUCGAGGCUCGCGUUCAAGACUUCUCAGUUGAGGUUGUCUCUCCAUACACGCAAAAUGUUGUUGGACUUGUAAGAUUAUCGCUUGAACCCUCUGCUGCUCAGGCACCCUCAUCUACACUCAAGUUCAAUGUCGUUAUGCAUGAUAUGGUUGGUUUCGCCGAAAGAGAGGGUACAGAUGUGCAUGCCCAGCUCUUUGUUCCCGGUGUAUCUGAAGACGGGGGUGCCACGACGACACAGAUGAUAUCAGGGUUUGAUGAGAAUCCUGUCCGAUUUGAGAGUGUUCAUAGUAUGAGCCUUCCCUUGUCAAGUCCCAGGAACUCUACGCUGAAGGUCAGCAUAUUUUCGUUCGUUUCAACAAUGCAUUUAGAUAAGCUUCUCAGUUGGGAUGAGAUGAGAGACGCGCCUGAAGCUCCUCCGCAGAGGAGAAAAGCUCCUAGAAUACCCGAAUCAGAGUUUUACUCAGAGGAGAGACAUGAUGUCUUUGCAAGAGUUCAAAUUCUUGAAUUAGCAGAAUCCGGAGAGUAUCGUCCCGUUGACGUUCUUCAGAACAAUAAUCUGGAUCCUGGGACUUAUCAGCUCCAUCAAGGUCUCCAGAGACGUAUAGUCAUUGACCUUACCUAUAAUUCGACUGAAGGUCUGCCUUGGGACGACAUCACGUCUCUUCGGGUUGGAGGCGUACACUUGCUAGAUCCAUGGGGGAAGAUACCGGAUAUGGAGACUCAGACUCCCGAUAUUCAGCUCAAACUGGUCCAGGAGCCGACGAUAAAGGACAAUGCUGAUGGGACCUCGAAUGUGACCCUAAUCGGUCAAUGGGAUUCCAGUCUUCACGGUUCGCUACUUCUGGAUCGCACAACAGCGGACAAAUAUCGAGUUCAGAUCACGAUACGUUGGAACUUGGUCUCUUCUCGUCUACAGGACCCUAUUGUAUUUGAGCUUGACCAACGACUACAAAUACUAGGCAGGACAUAUGUCCGACAGCAGUCGAUGUUUAAACAAUUCUGGGCUUCAUCUCGGGUCAUCCAUUCCACCGUGGGCAUGUUUUCACUUGCUGUUCGGCCGGUUUCUGCAAAACGAGCGGCGGAUCUAUGGCGUAUGAACACUCAGAAUGACUAUGUAAAAGGCGAGGAGCUGCUGAGUACCUGGUCACCACGCAAAGUUUCCUUGGUCCGAGAUUAUAUACGUGCUCGUAAACGACGGCAACGUGUCGCAGAAAUCGAUGCUGCUCGUGGUUCUUUGAGCACAGGUAGCUUGACGCCUUUGACAAAUGGCUGGUCCACCCCGUCAAGAGGCGCUGAGAAAUCCCAACGACAAGAGAAACUUCUUCGAAAAUAUCUCGAUUUAUGGUCCACAAAGAAGGACCUGGCAGAGACUAUUCUCGUUAAAGGCAAUACAGAGCCACCCGUCCAAGGAGCAGCGUUUGCGCGGAGAACAAGCAGUAAUUCACCCCCCAAAGCUCCUACUAAUGUCUCAAGCAACACCAGUCUCUCAGGUGAUGCCGAGAGUACAAUCUCUAGUCAUAUAUCUUCAUCCGAGCCUUCAAAACCUCGCUUCCUAGCCACCAUUCAACAUAUACCCAAGAAUCCUUCCUCUUCUAAAACCGGCUGCCUUUAUACCCCCGAUGAUACUAAUACUCACUGGGUCCGACGUUUUGUUGAACUCCGACUUCCCUACUUACACGUCCACUCCGUUCCAGAUGGAGACGAAAUCAAUGCGAUCAAUCUUCGCAAUUCCCACAUUGAUCAUGAACCAGAUUUCGCUCGAUUACUGGGGCCUUCGUCUAGGGGUGCCAAUAAUGAACGGAGUAGGGAAUCGAUGCGAGGACGACCAAAUGUCUUCGCCGUGUAUGGGACGCAGAAUACGUACCUAUUCGCGGCGAGGACGGAGGCGCAGAAGAUCGAGUGGAUUUUGAAGAUUGACCAGGGGUAUUUUAGUGGUGCUCGCGCGGGUGUGGGAGCAAGUUAAGUAUCCCUCUAGGUCGAUAGUAGGGCAUCGUUUCCGCCCUUUUCUAUUUGUGUCGUUAUAGAACUUUUGCCAUCCUGGUCGGUCAUGGAAAGGUAGGGCAAUGUGGGUUAUCAUUUUACGGGGAUUUAAAGGGACAUUUCAGGAAAUAUAUUUCGAUUUAUCAG